UUGGUUUUGAUGUAUGCCUUUUUAUAUUGUAUUGUUUUAAUGAUUUUGUAUAUGUUUUAAUCUACUUCCUCUUAGAGCUAAAUCGGACUUUUAUUUUGAAAUGUUAAAAGGAAGCGCACCUUUAUUUUAUGUUAAAAUACAAACUUGACGGUACGGCUAAAUGUUACGGACGGAUGCGCAUUUCAUAUAAAGUUUUAAUAGUUUGAAUGGUCCCGUAUGAGGCUAAUGCUCUUACGGUGGUGACAAGGAGGUAUUUAAGAAAGUUUUUUGGUUCAAUUGUAUUCGCCGAAAGAAAGAAAAUAAAGAAGUUCACCAGCACCCACCAAGACCAGAAUGCGCCGAUCCGGGAUCAGCUUCUCCCUCGCAAACGUCUACUAACAAAACCAAAGACGGCCAGAGGAACCGACCCAGGGUCAGAUUGAGCAUUUGCAGCGUUCCAGUUCAUGGAGAUAUCGCGAUAGUUCAGCGCGUUGACGACAUUUCCGGUGUGCUCUGUGAUUUUUUGAAACGGUCCAAUGGACGCCGGCGGCUGGAUGCGUUCGCUCGAACCGACCAAUCAGGUGGCUUCGUGGCAGGAAUUUAAAGGAUUAACUCCACACACCUCGAAUCUUCUCCGCUCCUUGACACUAAACAAACAUGUCCGAGAACGUCGAGCGUCUGAACAAGUUCAAGAACAAAGGGAAAGAUGCCAACGAGCUCCGCCGCAGGAGGGUGGAGGUGAACGUGGAGCUCCGCAAGUCGAAGAAAGAUGACCAGAUGUUCAAGAGAAGAAACGUGUCUGCGUGUCCCGACGAGGCGACCUCUCCCCUCCAGGAGAGGACUCUGAACUGCCUGGCUGCCAGACAGUGGACCGUUGAAGAGAUUCUCUCGGGAGUGAUCAGUGACGAUGUAGACUCUCAGCUGCAGGCCACACAGGCCGCCAGGAAGCUCCUGUCUCGUGACAAGAACCCCCCCAUUAACCAGAUGCUCGCCGCUGGCCUGAUCCCCAAGUUCGUUGCCUUCCUGGGGUUGGUCGACUGCCCGCCCAUCCAGUUUGAGGCCUCGUGGGCUCUGACCAACAUUGCCUCCGGGACGUGCGAUCAGACUGCUGCAGUGGUGGAGAGCGGGGCCAUCCCUGCCUUCAUCGGCCUGGUCACGUCGCCCCACCUGCACAUCAGCGAGCAAGCGGUGUGGGCCCUUGGAAACAUUGCUGGUGAUGGAUCGGCUCUUAGAGACCAGGUCAUUAAACAUGGCGCUGUAGCCUCUCUGCUCAGUCUGCUGGCUGUCCCUGACCUCUCUGUAUUUACUACCGGCUACAUGAGAAAUGUCACAUGGACGCUGUCUAACCUUUGCCGCAACAAGAACCCCUCCCCCCCGAUGACGGCAGUCCAACAGAUCCUCCCCGCUCUAGUUCUUCUCCUAAACCACGAAGACCACGAGGUGUUGGCCGACGCGUGUUGGGCUAUCUCGUACCUGACCGACGGCUCGAAUGACCGCAUCGAGGUGCUGAUCCAGACGGGCCUGAUUCCUCGCCUGGUGGCGCUGCUCGGCUUCGAAGACCUGCCCGUCAUCACCCCAGCGCUCCGUGCCAUCGGCAACAUCGUGACCGGCACGGAUGAGCAGACUCAGGCGGUGCUAAACUCCGGGGCCCUGAGCAUGUUCCCCCGGCUGCUGUGCCACAAGAAGGCCAACAUCCAGAAGGAGGCAGCCUGGACGCUGUCCAACAUCACAGCGGGGAAGGACACCCAAAUCCAGGAGGUCAUCGACGCAGGCCUCAUUCCGUCCCUGGUCAACGCUCUUGUGCAGGGUGACUACAAAACUCAGAAGGAGGCUGUGUGGGCUGUUACAAACUUCACCAGCGGGGGCACUGUUGCGCAGGUGGUUUACCUUGUUCAAGCUAAUGUGCUCGAGCCUCUUUUGGCCCUACUCUCCUCAAAGGACAGCAAAAUAGUCCUCGUCAUCUUGGACGCCAUCACCAAUAUCUUCAUGGCCGGGGAUAAAAUUGGGGAGUCAGAGAAGCUGAGUCUCAUGGUGGAAGAAUGCGGCGGACUGGACAAGAUCGAGGCUCUGCAGUCGCAUGAGAAUGAGAUGAUCUACAAAGCAUCCCUCAAUCUGAUUGAGAAAUACUUCUCCGACGAGGAGGUGGCGCAGGGUGUCGUCCCAGAAGCAACUGAUGAUGGUUAUACAUUCCACAUCAGUGAAAACCAGAGCACCUUCAAUUUCUAGAUUAUCUUCUCAUACCUCGACUGUCUAUACUCUUUAUACUUUACUGUAUCCUCUUUGCUACAUCUGUCCUCUUGUUCAUGUAAUUGUGCCGUUCCGUUGUAUGUAUUGUACAUACUGUUUUAAUACGAUAACAUGGUUGUAAAUAAAGUUAUGAGAUCAUG